CCACUGGGGCGUCCUGCUGGGCUCCCUGGAAAGCGGCUGAGCUGGUGAGCACCUGCUGCCUGAACGCCUCCUGGAAAACGCUGAGGUGGCACGCGCGCGUCCCCACACCUCACAAGGGCCUGUGACCUCAUCCGAUCCAACCGAGGCCGGUUGUGGACAUCGUUGGAAGACCGUCCUCGGGCUUGGGUCCCAGCUGCCUCCUGUUCGACUUUCUGUCCUUCUCUGGUACUCUUAGUCCCGCUGUGGCCUGUCCCCAACUUGAGGAGUUGUGGCAGGAGCUCAAGCAGGAACCUAGAAGCAGGACCUGCAGCUUACCACCCUGCUUCCCUUUCUCCAGCUGCUUUUCUUAUAUAAUCCAAGAAGGCCUGCUCAGGAGUGGCACCACUCACAGUAGGCUAGAGCCUCCUAUGUCAGGACAGGGCAGGGGCCUUGGGGCUCACGUACCAGGCUCUUCCACCACAUAGAGGAUGGCCCUCCCACUGGUGUCUUCGUAGUACUGGAAUCUGACGACACAGUCAUCCUCAUUCUUGUAGGUACAAUUCACAGCGUUUUUGCCAGUGUCCGCUGACAUGGGGAAGGGAGAAUAUGGAGUAUGAGAAACAAAUCAAGCCCCAAAAGGCUCUUGCUGAGCCUGAGGCUCCAGGUAGCAGGAGUUGUGAGCUGCAGAACACAUUUGCAAGGACGAAGGGGACUCUCAGGAAGCCAGCCUUCGUCACGUGCCCACUGCCCAUCAGCCCUGCAUGGCAUUUCUUGAGCUGGCAACUGCCCUUCCACCUUGGAAAAGGAAGUUGGUGGGUUUUGGAACGGGAAGGGAACUGUGUGGUCCAGCCUGGGCUUGUGAAACUCUCAGACCUGCUGGUCCAGCCUGGGCUUGUGAAACCCUCAGACCUGCUGGUCCAGCCUGGGCUUGUGAAACCCUCAGACCUGCUGGUCCAGCCUGGGCUUGUGAAACUCUCAGACCUGCCGGUACAGCCUGGGCUUGUGAAACUCUCAGACCUGCCAGUACAGCCUGGGCUUGUGAAACUCUCAGACCUGCUGGUCCAGCCUGGGCUUGUGAAACCCUCAGACCUGCUGGUCCAGCCUGGGCUUGUGAAACUCUCAGACCUGCUGGUCCAGCCUGGGCUUGUGAAACUCUCAGACCUGCUGGUCCAGCCUGGACUUGUGAAACCCUCAGACCUGCCGGACUUACUCAGCUCUUUCACAGGCUCAAUGUCGUCCCGGCAGUAACGGUUGCAGGUGUUUUCUUCGUGUAGCGUUCCCCGGUUGAACUUCUUACACUCCACACACUCCCUAGAGGAGAGAGGACACAGCAACUAAAGAGGUAGAGGGACAGCCUUCGUAUGCCACAUACCCAGAAGGCACCAUGGAGCUCAGGAAUGAAGAGGCCCUCCUCACCCACAGGCAGGACCUGGCCAGCCAACCCUGGAUCUGAGAACAGAACCUAACCUGGUCUUGAACUUUUGAGAUUCCUGCCUGAGGCUCCUGACUGCUACUAUAGGAUUGAAUAGACUUCAUUAAGCCUCUUCAGAGAUAGUGAUGGUGAUGAUGAUGAUGGUAAUAGUGAAGAUGAUAGUGAUGGUGAAGGUGAUGGUGAAGAUGA